AUGGUCAUCGGCGUGACCGCGUGCGUGAUCGGCGACAUGGCGGCGCGCCCUAACUUCGGCAUGAACGAGCUCGACUUUGUCUUCUCCACGCUCGUCGUCGGAUCUAUCCUCAACUUCACGCUCAUGUUCCUCCUUGCGCCCACCUCCGCCGCCGGCGCCGCCGCCACCCUGCCCGGAAUCUUCGCGUCGAGUCCGACGGCCGGGCUUUUCGGAACGGCGAUCUCCAACGGUCUGCUCGCGGUGCGCAAGAAGCUUGAUCCGAACUUCGUCGUGAUGAACGAGGCGCCGCCGACGAUCCUUAACGCCGCCACGUGGGCUCUGCAUCUGGGGAUAAGCAGCAACCUGCGGUAUCAGAGCCUGAACGGGAUCGAGAUGGCGCUCGGCGCGCGGCUGCCGCCCGGCGUGUUCAAGGGCGUCGUUUUCGCGCUCCGAGGGAUCAACAACAUCAUUGGCGGCGUGUCGUUCGUCACACUGGCGAAGCUGACCGGAUCGCAGAAAUCGGGCACCGCCGCCGCAGAGAGCGCUGAUGCGGAAAAGAAGGCGGCGUAG